AUGAUUCGUGAAGGCCCCAGGGCGGAGUUGUUCAAGUUCGACAUCCAGAAAGUGGAGGACAACGUGAUCGACCCGGUCUUCACGGUCUGUCUGAUCGCCCGCAUCGUCGACUCGCUCACCAUCCCGCUGCUGCUGUCGAUGCUGGCCGCCGCCUACGUCUUCCUGCCCACCGAGGAGAACUUCACCAAGGCCAAGGCCAUUCAGCUCAUGACCGGCAUCACGGCGUCGCGCUAUUGGUUCAUGAGCUUCUUCAUCGACAUGGUGUCCUACACGAUCGCCUGUUUCAUCGCUCUGUUGCCCCUCUUUAUCAUCGAUCCGUGGGGACUCACCAAAAAGGCCAACAUUAUUCUGUCAACGUACCUCGGGCUGUUCUUCUUCUUCGGAGUGGCCUUCAUCCCCACCUGCUACCUGACGUCAUUCUUCGUCGAGACAGCAGCGGUGGCCUACUUUGGCCUCAUUGUCGAGAGCUUCGUUACCGGCACGGUGACCAGCAUCGUGCUGUUCCUCUUCGACAACAGCGUGGUCCUGGCGCUGAAGGAGAAGUCGCGCUUCCACCGCGUCUUGGGCAAACUGGAACUGCCGCUACGCGUGGUGCCGAACUUCGCCGUCAAUCGCGGAGUGGGCAACGUCAACAAGCGACUCCUAGGACAGCUGGUGUGCUGCAACCUGCCCAUCGACCUGCUCGCCAUGCUGUGCAACCACGAGUCCAGACUGUUCGGCACGGCGCGUUUCACGCCCAACGAGACCGAAUUCUGGGACCGCAUGGUCGAAGGCUGCCCCGGUUCCUGCAUAAUCCACGACAUACUCAAGCAGGGCCUCGAGUGCGUGGUGAGCGCGAAGCAGACGGACGACGAGAGGCUCGAGUUCCGCAUCGACCUGCUCAUCAUGUUCAUCACGGGCUUCGUGCUGCUGCUCGCGUGCGUCUUCCUCGACGCCAAGCUUCAGUCGCGCACAAAGUCCAGCGAGCUGAUGUCGCGCGAGGAGCUACGCGCCAAGAAGCUGCAGAUGAAGCACGUCGACCCCACCAUCCUGGAGGAGCGCGAGCGUGUCGAGGCCCUGGUCGACGCCAUGACGCACGGCGAAGAGGAAGGCCUGCUCGGACUGCUCGUACACAAGCUGGGAAAGACGUACAGGGAGGUGUCGGUGAUCGGCCAGCUCAGCUUUACGGUGCAGCCGGGCGAGAUAUUCGGCGUCCUCGGCUUGCAGCAGUCCGGCCGCAGCACGGUUCUGGGCAUCCUGGCUGGCGACCGGGAGCUCGGCCGUGGAAAUGCCUACAUCGAAGGCUGGGGCAUCCGACGCAACCCCAAGCAGUACCUGAAGCGAAUCGGCUACUGCCCCGAGGAGGACCCGAUCAUCUUCAAGCUGACGGGGCGCGAGAUGCUGGCGCUGAUUGCGCGGCUGCGUGGUCUCACGCACCACGUGAUGCACAAGGAGAUCCACUACAUCCUCCACCAGGUCGGCCUCUUGCGCCACUCCAAACGCCCGACCCUCGACUACGGUUCUGGCAGCCGGCGCAAGAUGUCUCUGGCCAUGAGCCUGGUUGGAGACCCUGCGCUGGUCAUCCUCGAUGAGUGCACAUCUGGCGUGGACCCUAUUUCCCGAGGCCGCCUGUUCCGCGCAAUCACGCGCAUCCAGCGCUCCAGCGGCAUGGCUGUGCUGUUCACGUCCCACUGCAUGCGCGAGUGCGACCAGCUCUGCACUCGCGUCGGCAUUCUGUCGGGUGGCGACUUCACGCGCGUCGGCGACACGGUGGCCCUGAAGCAGUCGGCCACCCAGGGCUGCACCAUCGUGGUCAAGCUGACCGUGGCGCAGAGCAUGCAAGACGGCUCCAUCAAGGAGAUCAACCGGGGCAUCAAGCGCGAAUUCCCCCAGUCGGUCAUCGCCGAGAAGCGGGAGGAUCAGAUGCGCUACCGCCUGAAACCGAACGCCGACUACCCCCUCAUCUGGAGUGAGGUGAUCUUCAAACUGCACACGCUGCAGCAGGAGAUCAAGUUCGAAGACUUUCUGGUCAACGACACCUCGCUCGGAGAGGUCUUCAUCGGUUUCGCGCGCGAGCGCAAAAUGGUGGACUUUGGCGAGAACCAGGUCCGCUACUUCGAGAGGGACCAGCCUGCCACUGUGGUCAUGAUCCCGCCUAAUUAAAUGCGCACGCGUUAUAUAGUCGAGUGGUGUGCUCCAAUGGUGACAGUUGUGUGACCUGAUAUGGUCAUCACGUUUGAUUAAUGCUAAACGA